UUUAUAUUUACAUUUACAUUUACAUUUAUAUAUUCAAUGGGUAACUUUACAUCACAGUCGUCAUCAUCUGGCGCAGCAAAUGGCGAUGAAUGGGAGGAUAGUCAUUAAGCGAGCAAGAGAUAGCUGCGCUCACCGCUCUCCUAAAACCACGUCAAUCAGAACCAACCAAUGGGUUGAGUUUCCAAGACUACAUGAUCCAUUACUUGAAACCCAAUAACACCAGCAAUAAUGAAGCUGAGCCAGGCGGCGACUCACACCCAACCCGAAGUAAUCUACGCAUUUGCCCAACUUGAUUGCACUGAGAAGCCCGGGUUAUCAUUGCGCGGGUUCGUCCACGCGACAAUUAAGCGAGCAAUGUUUGCGGUUUGGAAUAUUCCGGUGGACUCGGAGAGCUGGGCGGUUGGCUGGUGCUUGACCCAACCGAGGGACGCCAUUGAGUCUGAGGCUGCGUGGGUGCAGUGCGCGGACAGUUGGCUGGAAAUGGCGACCACUCCUGGCGGGGUUGAUCCUGGGUCAUGGCGCGCAUGGUGGAUGGGCAGCGCCGUAUUCCCGCAGCUAUUCAAUCUAGCAAUCUCGCACACAAUCUACGGUGACUCGCGGGUGGUCAUCCGCGGCAGCGCGACCGGGAAUCUCUCAACGCACCGCGGAUACCCAAAGCCAUUCAGCCCUGCCUCUGUGUUGCUUACGCCGAUGCUCACGUGGGCUCUGUGUCGGGAGCUUCCUGUGGAGUCCAGGCGCUCCUGGGACCGCGUGUACUCCAGCAGCCGCGAUGGCCGCAGCUGGAGCUCUUUCCAGAGCACAAUUGAACGACGCGGUGCCGUUUUGCUUCUCGUGCAGGAAACCACGCCCAUUGCGGAUGCUGGAGAAACCACCGAAGGGGCCAGCCGCAUCUUUGGCGCCUACUUUGACAACGACCUUGAGCGGCGCCCAAGUUGGCACGGCUCACCCUCGAAUUUUGUAUUCUCUCUUUCCAAGGAAUCGCCCCUCGGGCUAAAUAUCUUCCGGACGACGGGGUUCAACAAUCACUACCAGUAUUUCAACUACGCGACCAAGACGCUUCCCAAUGGGCUUGGCGCCGGGGGCCAGCUAGGCCACUUUGGAUUAUGGAUUGACAGCAGUUUUACACGUGGGUGCUCGAACCCUGCAGCGACAUUUGGGUCGCAGCAGUUGUCGACAGAAACUGAGUUUGCUGUGGAUGUUGUGGAGGCCUGGCUGGUCCGGCCGUCUGAGCGCUUGGACGAAGUUGGCGGCAGGAAAGGUUCGGUGCUGGACACUAACCCUGAAGCUGCGGCUUUUUUGGAAUUGGCUAACCGGCCAAUGUACUCGAAAAUGCUUCCCGACCCGGUUGUUAAUGAUUCUAAUUGA